UAAGCUUCUGUUCUGUCGCUGGGGCGCAUGAUUGAGCUUUAGCUGCGGAAACGGAACGAAUGGAAGUGGUACAACAUCUGUUAUUCAAAGAGGCACAAUUUAGUAGACCUUGCAACCGUCGCGGCCGAGACUGAAGGAAUUUUUGUAUUGUCUGAAGGAAAAGUCUGCUAAGGAUAAAACGGCAUCUGGGAUAUCUAUAAAUACCCCGAAGUAUACGCAUCACGCCUACAACUGCGCAUGCCCCAGCCCCCGUCGGAGUCUCAACCCAGUCGAGGCCGAGACGCAGCAGAAGCAAAAGCAGAAGCUGAAGAAGAGACAGCAGCAGGUGACAGCAACAGUGACACCUUGUGAAACCUCAAGGCUGCCAGUGGAGGCCACUCGGAUUGCUCCGUUUGCUGGGAAUGGCCGCCGUGGUUCAUGGCUGCAGCAGUCCGCGACAGCGCUCCUGCAAUGGCAGUAGCUCGCCGGGCGCCCAUCACGGGUCCACGCCCUCGUCGGGGCCUGCUAUGUACACCACCAUGCCUAAGUAUUCGCGGACGGCCAGCCAGACGCUUUACGCGACCAGCCAGCAGAUAUUUGGCAGCGGCAUGGGUGUAAGCAUGCCCAGCGACGGUGCGUAUGGCAACGGGCCGAUCUACAUGUCAUCCGGUCAGCGUCCGCUGUCAGCAUCUGCUCUGCCGGAGACGGCAGCGGCGAGUCGGAGCUAUUGGGGCCAUCAUGCCGCCUUCUACCACGGCGGCAGGCACUACAGCAAGCGCAAGUCUGCGGUGGAACUGUUGGCCGAGUCCAAGCCGUUCUACAUCAAGUCGGAUGCGGUUUUCGAGCGGCUGCAGCAGUCGGGCUAUCGGAACGGUGGCAACAAUGGAGCCGGCUCUAAGCGGGGUCGACGCCCGGAGGAGGCACACGGUGGCCAUGCCGGUCACGGCCAUGGCGGCAGCGGUCACUACAACUCCCAGGGUUACGAUGAUCUGGAGGAUCGCCGCUACAUGAGCUUGUCCCGACAGCAGCAGCACCAGCAGCAGCAGCUCCAGCAGGCCCAGCAGUACAUGCACAACCAUCAUCCGCAUCAGCACCACCAGCAUCGGCACGGACACGGUCAUGGCCAAGCCCAAGGUCGUGCUGGGGGCGCCGCUGUCAACAACAAUCUGCUGCAGCAGAAGUUGCGCAUGUUGCUCGGCUCGGAGGCCGUCAAGGAGAGGAAUGGCGGUACCUUGCGGCGCCACGAACUGAACGACGGCAGUUCCGAACUGCUGCCUACAGACUAUGGGGAGGACGAGGGGGGAGCCGGCCCAGGUGGAGCCCUGAGGAUCCCCCCACCCCUCUACAUGCCAUCGCAUGGUUAUGGAAGGGACUCCUCCGCCUACAACAGCGGCGGCGAGGAGCCGCUCGUGCUAACCGAGAACUACAGACCAAUCAGUCCGCCGGCCGAGUAUGCCGCCAAGUCGGGACAGGCCAACAAUGAUCGCUACAGGUACAACUACCAGCGUUCCUACUCGCACUCGCACGAGGUGCCCCAUGCGCCGGAGGAGCGGACUCCGUACGCUGGCGGGGACUUCAACAUCAACAGCCACAAGUCACUGCCGGAUCUGCACACCCAGAUCAGUCGGCACUCGCCGCACAGCGAGAUCCUGAGCUGCUGCAGCCGCGGCAACCGCUCCAUCAAGUCUGCCGGCGAGUCCUCCAUUAAUCGCGAUUCAGGAGGCAGUUCCGGCCACUACACGCACCGCAGCGAGCCCUGCUACAAGCGCGAGCGGCAGCGGGAGCCCAAUGUGGGCACAGCGAGUGGCACCAUCAAGAACUGCUGCACCCUGGUGGCGGCCACGAGACGGGAUAGCGGCUCCUCGACCCAGCACAGUGCAAACUCCUACUGCGGAUAUGUGACGCCGGGCGCGGACUAUCCGUCGCUGAACGGGCGCAAUACCGACUGCAUCGACUGUCGUUGCAAGCAGGAUACGGCUGCUUUGAGCGGCUAUGACAAUGCGGCGGCCUCUGACUAUUUGCUCAACUUCACGCCUACGCCAGAGGUGCCGGAGGCCUUCCAGGAUGACUACACGCCCACGCCACCGUCACCAAGGAUGAAGACGCAGACGCCACGGUACUCGAGCUCCUCCAGCCAGCAGCUGCACACUAGCUCGCAGGGCUACACGAGCAUCAAUCACUCGCAGAGCUCCUUGGUGCAGAGUCCCGGGUCGGCACCCUCCGUGGACGACAUUAGUCCACCGCCCAUACAGUUCAAGCGGCAGCGCUGCAUCCGCUUCAAGAACCGCAACCGACUGCCGGUGCAGCCCCAGCCGCGUACAUCGCCCAUCAACAGCAGCGGCGUGGAGAUGGGAGGUGGUGGAGGACCUAGUGCCGGUGUAUUGGCUGCCUACAAGCAGCACCGGGGAAGCGUGGAUCACGACAAUGUGUUCUUCCCCAAAGGUUUCUCGGCAGAUGCCAGCUAUGCCAGCGCUCACAGCAUGGAGAUGGAGCGUGAGGCUCUGAAUGCCAGCAUCUCGGAGCUGGAGAAGUUCUUCGAUCGGCUCGGUCUCAAUGACGAGGCCUUCCACGAGAUCUAUAGCCAGCCGCGCAGGCAGCACAAUCCGGAGACCGACUCCGACGACUCCAGCACGGUGUUUUUUUCGGACGUGAGCACCGUGGACUCGAUGCGACUGCCCGACAGCACCGAGACCCAGCCGCAGACCACACAGACCUAUCGCCCCUCGGAACCGCCCUCGAUCGUGGAGCGGAACGCGCGGAUCAUCAAAUGGCUAUGCAACUGCAAGAAGGUGGCCGCCCAUCUGCACUGAUAGAAGAGCACUUUCAAGAUUGAUUCUUAGCGAGUAUUUUGUCUCUUGCAAGUACCCCGAUACAACCGCAUACAAUAUAUACACAACUAUAUAGUAAUAUAU